UACGUCAACUGUCAUGAGAAAGUUCAAUAAUAACAAAGUUGUGGUUUAAGGUUUUAAUUAAAUAAUUAUUGUGAAAUAUAUAAAAAGUGUUCUAUCGUAAAGGACACCCAUUUUCUAAAAAUGUUUAAAUUACUCAGUAGGCAUGGCUCGAGAAGUGGUAUUAUAAAAAUGUUCUGUAACAAAAAUAUUGAGGUUAAAAAACCUAAGGUGUAUUAUUUUUACUCAUCAGCCGGAUCGGUUAGAUUUGCUUCUAACGAUUCUGAAACUGUAAAGACGCCUAGUACCAUAGAUAAUAUUCCUGAACCUCCACCAGUUCCCGAUUUAUCAGCUUUCGAUGGUGUAACUGAUGCUGUUCAAUCAUUGUCUGUCAAUGGUGAACCUACAUUUGCGAGCUUAGGUCUUGGCGGUUGGAGCCCAGUGGGGAUAGUUCAACAAUGUUUAGAGUACUUACACGUUUCGCUUGAUGUACCUUGGUGGGGAGCAAUUCUAGUUGGAACUGUCGUAGUCAGAGUUUUGAUGUUCCCGCUUGUUAUUAUGUCUCAAAGAAAUACAGCAAAAAUGAAUAAUCAUUUGCCAGAAAUACAAACACUGCAGCUGAAGAUGACACAAGCACGGCAAACUGGAAAUCAAUUGGAAACAGCAAGAUACGGCCAAGAGAUGAUGUUGUUUAUGAAAGAAAAGGGUCUCAAUCCUUUGAAAAAUCUUUUCGUUCCUUUGGCUCAGGCCCCAUUGUUUAUAUCAUUCUUCAUGGGCUUGAGAGGAAUGGCUAACUGUCCAGUAGAGAGUAUGAUGCACGGGGGCAUGUGGUGGUUUGAAGAUUUGACAGUACCUGAUCAAUAUUUUAUCCUACCUUUAAUAACUAGUGCUACUAUGUGGGUCACUAUUGAGUUGGGUGUUGAUGGUGGUAGAUUAGAUGCACAGAACAUGCAAAUGAUGAGGUAUGUACUCAGAGCAAUUCCUGUGAUAAUGAUUCCUUUUACAAUAAACUUUCCUGGUGCCAUACUGGUGUAUUGGUGUUCAACAAAUUUCAUAUCUCUACUGCAAGUAGGAUUUCUAAAAAUUCCUAGUGUUCGGGAAUAUUUUAAAAUUCCAGUACUUAUUAAACACACAGCAGACAACUUACCUAUAAAAAAGAAAGGAUUUGUAGCUGGUGUAAAGGAAUCUUGGACAAAUAUGAAGAUUUCCAGGGAUUUAGCAGAUAGACAAAGAGUAGAUGAGAUGAUCUUCACAAAAGCAGGAAAGGGUCCUUUACAAAAAACAUACAAAUUUGACCCUACAAAGAUAUCAAAAAUAGAAGCAAAGUCAAAAUAGGUUGUAAAGAUAUUUCUUUCCUAGUUUUUAGAGUUUUAAUUAUUAAUAAAAUAUCUAUUUAAGUG